CUCUUAGGCGUGACGUCGGAGGCCGUGAUUGGUGGGCGGCCGUGGUUAUAUAUCCGUCAGCCUUCAAUCCCACCUUCUCGCCAGUGGAAUUUCAUCUCAGCUUCUGCACCUUCAGGGCAGACGAGAACAUAAAAGAAGCAAAAGCUGGCAGGCUGACGGGAACUUGCAUCUUUACAGGACGGAUUAUCUGGUAACUGACCAUUUAGCUGUGGCACACUCGGACUCCGUGUUAACGUGGGAUUUUGACCAUGAGCUCAGUCGCUGUACUUACGCAGGAAAGCUUCAAUGAGCACCGCAGUGGGCUCUUGCCGGAGCAGAGCGGUGGUGGAGGUGGCAGUGUCGCUGCUGUUGCUGGAACCAGUGUUGAGGAUGCCCCUCCUACCUACAAGGAAGCUUUCCCACCUCUGCCUGAGAAGGCGGUCUCACCUGAGGGGACCCAGGAAACUGCCAAUGCCUGGACAUCUAAGAUUCGCCCUCUUAAGUCCUCAAUUAUCACCCAGGUUUUCCAUGUGCCGCUAGAGGAGCGCAAGUACAAGGACAUCAACCAGUUUGGGGAAGGAGACCAAGCGAAGGUCUGCGUGGACAUCAUGCAUAAGACCGGAGCCCAUCUGGAACUUUCCUUGGCUAAAGAUCAGGGGCUCUCCAUCAUGGUGUCAGGAAAGCUGGACGCUGUGAUGAAGGCCCGUAAGGAGAUUGUGUCCCGACUGCAGACUCAGGCAUCAGCAACUGUUGCCAUCCCCAAAGAACACCAUCGUUUUGUUAUCGGGAAAAACGGGGAGAAGCUUCAGGAGCUUGAGCUCAAGACUGCCACCAAAAUCCAGAUCCCACGACCUGACGACCCCAGCAACCAGAUCAAGAUCUCUGGUACCAAGGAAGGCCUGGAGAAGGCAAAGCACGAGAUCCUGUUGAUCUCUGCUGAGCAGGACAAGCGUGCUGUGGAGAGGGUGAACAUUGACAAGGUGUACCACCCAUUCAUCACCGGAGCCUACAAUAAGCUAGUAGGUGAGAUGAUGCAGGAGACCGGUGCCCGCAUCAAUGUCCCCCCUCCAAGUGUCAAUAAGACUGAGAUUGUCAUCACUGGGGAAAAGGAGCAGGUGGCCCUUGCUGUGGCUAUGAUCAAGAAGGUUUACGAAGACAAGAAGAAGAAUGCCACCACCAUUGCGGUGGAAGUAAAGAAGUCUCAGCACAAAUAUGUGAUUGGCCCCAAGGGAAACACCCUGCAGGAGAUCCUGGAUAGAACUGGCGUCUCAGUCGAGAUCCCACCAUCUGACAGCAGCUCAGAAACUGUCAUCCUUCGUGGGGAGCCGGACCGUCUUGGUCAGGCCCUCACUGAAGUUUAUGCCAAGGCAAACAGUUACACUGUUUCCUCGGUCACAGCUCCUUCUUGGCUCCAUCGUUUCAUCAUUGGCAAGAAGGGGCAGAACUUGGCUAAGAUUACCCAACAAAUGCCCAAGGUGCACAUUGAGUUCACUGAGGGAGAAGACAAGAUCACCCUGGAAGGUCCUACCAAAGAUGUGCAAAUGGUGCAGAGCCAGAUUGAGGCCAUUGUUACAGAUUUGAUAAGUCGAAUGGACUACGCAGAGAUUAGCGUGGACCCCAAAUUCCACCGUCACCUGAUUGGAAAAGGAGGCGUUAACAUCAACCGCAUCAAAGAGCUGCACAAGGUGACCGUCCGGAUCCCCCCUGACAACGAGAAGAGCAACCUGAUCCGUAUCGAGGGGGAUCCCCAGGGUGUGCAGGAGGCCAAGAAGGAGCUGCUUGAGCUUGCGUCACGCAUGGAGAAUGAGCGUACAAAGGACCUGAUCAUUGAACAGCGUUUUCACAGAGCCAUCAUCGGCCAAAAAGGGGAGAAGAUAAAAGAAGUGCGCGACAAAUUCCCAGAGGUCAUCAUCAACUUCCCUGACCCAGCACAAAAAAGCGACAUCGUUCAACUUAGGGGCCCGAGAACUGAGGUGGAAAAGUGCUCCAAGUUCAUGCAGAAGAUAGUGGCUGAAAUGGUGGAGAACAGUUUUUCUGUCUCAGUCCCCAUCUUCAAGCAGUUCCACAGAAACAUAAUUGGAAAAGGAGGCUCGAACAUUAAGAAGAUCCGGGAGGAAACGAACACCAAAAUUGACCUGCCUGCUGAGAACAGCAACUCAGAGAUGAUCGUCAUCACUGGGAAGAAGGCAAACUGUGAAGCCGCACGGAAUCGCAUCUUGGCCAUUCAGAAGGAGCUUGCGAACAUCACAGAGGUGGAUGUAUCCAUUCCCUCCAAGCUGCACAACUCUCUGAUCGGGUCAAAGGGCCGUUUGGUGCGCUCGAUCAUGGAGGAGUGCGGUGGCGUGCACAUCCACUUUCCCACAGAGGGCUCAGGGAUUGAUAAGGUCACCAUCAGAGGCCCAGCAGAGGAGGUGGACAAAGCCAAGCAGCAACUGCUUGCCUUGGCAGAGGAGAAGCAAACCAAGAGUCACACUGCUGAGCUGCACGCUAAGCCCGAAUACCACAAGUUCCUCAUCGGGAAAGGUGGCGGAAACAUCCGCAAGGUUCGUGACAGCACCGGGGCCAGAAUAAUCUUCCCCACCGCGGACGACAAAGACCAGGAACUCAUCACUGUGGUUGGCACCGAGGAAGCGGUGCGGGAGGCCCAGAAAGAGCUGGAGGAGCUCAUCAAGAGCUUAGACAACGUUGUCGAGGACACUAUGAGCGUUGACCCCAAGCACCAUCGCUACUUUGUGGCUCGCCGUGGCCAGGUCCUCAGGGACCUAGCGGAUGAGUAUGGUGGCGUUAUGGUGAGCUUCCCGCGCACAGCUUCUCAGAGCGAAAAGGUCACCCUGAAAGGAGCCAAAGAAUGUGUGGAGGCAGCCAAAAAGCGCAUGCAGGAGAUUGUUGAGGACUUGGACGCUCAAGUGACAGUGGAGUGUGUGAUUCCUCAGAAGUUCCACCGUUCCAUCAUGGGUCCAAAGGGCUCACGGAUCCAGCAGAUCACUAGAGAUCACAACGUACAAAUCAAGUUCCCAGAACGUGAGGACCCUCAAGCGGCGCCUCCUGCAGAAGCUCCUAUUCAGGAGAAUGGAGAAGCCAACGGUGAAGUGAAGGAACCCGUUGAUCCAAACGCACCCAAAAAGUGUGACACCAUUGUGAUUUCGGGCCGCAAAGAGCGCUGCGAGAGUGCUGUGGAAGCACUGAAGGCCCUGGUUCCUGUCACUAUUGAGGUGGAAGUGCCUUUUGAGCUUCAUCGAUACAUCAUUGGACAGAAAGGAAGCGGAAUUCGCAAGAUGAUGGAUGAAUUUGAGGUUAAUAUUCAAGUGCCUGCUCCUGAGCAGCAAUCUGAUAAAAUCUCCAUCACCGGCUUGGCCAAUCACCUUGACCGCGCCAAAGAGGGACUCUUGGAGCGCGUCAAAGAGCUGCAGGCUGAGCAGGCGGAUAGGACGCUCAGGAGCUUCAAGCUGACCAUCACUGUGGACCCCAAGUAUCACCCCAAAAUCAUCGGCCGCAAGGGUGCCAUCAUUACAAACAUCCGCACCGAGCACGAUGUUAACAUCCAGUUCCCAGAGAAGAAUGAUGAAAACCAGGAUCAGAUUACUAUUACAGGGUAUGAGCACAAAGCCAUAGCUGCACGCGAUGCCAUCCAGGCCAUCGUGGACGAGCUGGAGGAGAUGAUCUCUGAGGACAUCACCCUGGACAGCAGAGUGCAUGCCCGCAUCAUUGGAGCGCGUGGCAAGGGCAUCCGCAAGAUCAUGGAUGAGUUUAAGGUUGAUCUCAGGUUUCCCCAAAGUGGAGCUGCAGACCCAAACCUUGUGACGGUCACAGGUCGGCCUGAGCUUGUAGAUGAAGCCAUCGACCAUCUCCUUAACCUGGAAGAGGAAUAUAUGGCAGAUGUUGUGGAAAAUGAAGCGAAGAUGGCUUACAUGAGGCCCCCUAGUGGCAGCGCUGCUGCCAUGGAUGAACAGCGUGGCCCAUCCAAAGGCUUUGUGGUGAGGGAGGCUCCCUGGGCUACUGGCAAUGAGAAGGCCCCCGACAUGAGCAGCUCCGAAGAUUUCCCAAGCUUCGGAGCCCCAGUGGCAACCAAGACCUCACCCUGGGGACCAAAGCGCUUCUAAGGUGUACGUCUACAGAUGGGCUUGAACCUAACCAGACAGAAUCUUCCCCGUCAUUGUCCCCUCUUUUGACCUGGACUGACCGCUGACCCUAACAAAAGAAAAAAACAAAAAAGGAAAAAAAAAAUCGGUUCUGAGAAUGUCAUCCUUCUCUGUCUACUUAUCUCAGUCUAACCUUGCAGGUUCAUCAGUCCAAAAGUGCUUUCAGAUACUGUAAUUGACUUGUGAGCUUUGUAUCUGCAUUUAAAAAAAAAAAAUAUAUAUACUGUCUUAUUAAAUGGAGGAAAAAAAAUAUGCGACAAUGCCGUCUACAGUCUGUAAAAGACUGUUUAUUUGUUGGUUAGAUCUGACAUUUCAUUGUGGUUUGAACUGUUAUACCAAACUCAGUGGUGGCCAGACAUCAGUUUUUGUGAGCUGCCCGUAUCUUAGUUGCCUUCGCAGGGUGGCAUAAAGGGAUUGAAUUACCGCUGGUGACAUAUUCAGACGUGAUGCCUGACCAAUGAGGCCAGCUGUGUCAGUCACCCACCGCCCUCCUGCUCUAUUCAUGUAGCUGAGUGAAAAUUGUUGGUCUUCAGCCCUAAAGCACACUAGUAGUGGUUGUCCUCUGUCACAUCUUUUCAUUUGCUUGUAACUGCUUCUGUGAACAUGGUCAAGUAGUGGCACGUACCUCGUAGCCUUACGAAUUGGGAACCUUUACAAAGAGAGGGCAUAGGGGAGAGGAGUAGGGGUGCGGUGUUGGCCUUUUCAGAAUGACACCCACGCAAACUGCCAGAUGCUCGGAGAUCAUGCCAGAACUAAACCUCUUUACAACACUAGGCCUAGCGCUCCAACGCAUCAAACCUCACACUAACUGUUGAAUGGACUCUUGACAUUCAAAAGUAAAUCACUCUACAAAAGAAAAUGUAUCUGUGAGCAAAAUAGCAAACCAUCUUGUGCCAACUAUCUGUCUAGUGAUGUCCUGUGUUACUCAUCCUCUGUAUUGGGUCAGUGUCCAGUCCCUUUGUCUUCCAGUUGCUAUGCAGAUUAUUCUGUUGAAUAGCAAUGGCCCUUUUUUUUAUCAGCCUUACAACUAGAACGAUACAAACCAGGUAGAGAUGAUGCGAAGAUGCAUUUUAAAUGGUCAACUGGAAGGUAUGUUUAUUCUUCCCUUGAAAGCUCCCCUCCCCCCCAGUUAUCAUAAACUAGUUUCAUUUUGCUCGAGGAGUGCAGAUUUAGCUUGCUAGCUGCUAAUUCGGCAUUGAGCAUCACUCUACCUUGGUUUAUAUCCUCCUAGUAUGGAAUGAAAGAUUAUGCAAAUACCAUUGAAGUGAACGGUUAUGGAUGACACUGGAAAAGAAAUUGUCCAAAAAGUCAAUAAAAAUUGAAAAUCUUU